UGAAAACACUGACACUGACAUUAACCUUUUAAAUGUGUUUACUGAGGCCGUGCUCUCUUGCUGGAGAUAUAGUUGGGAGACUUGGUCAGUCUCUAAACUAUGUGCAGCAUAACAGUAGAUAACGGUUCAUAUAAGUGGGACGGUUCUUUAGAUCUGGAGAUUUUUACGUUAUAUUUGUCCAGUUCUGGCUGUUUGGACUAACAAGGCACAAUGAAGAGAAGAAGUGAUCCAGCGUUCUCACCGCAACACGGGACAAAGAGACGUCGAGACAACAGCAGCUCAGACGAUGAGUCACGAUUAUCCAGACAAGACUCGAGCCAAAAUGACUCCCUCAGCGACCAGGAGGAUCACAAACCCGGGUUCUCCAUGCCCUCCAUAUCGUCAUCAUCGUCCUUUGAUGCCCUGGAAAGUGAUGCCUCCGCACAGGCCUCAUCCAACUUCUCCAUGUACAACAGUGUCUCACAGAAGCUCAUGGCAAAAAUGGGCUUCAGAGAAGGCGAAGGUCUAGGAAAGUUCGGACAGGGACGCAAAGAGAUCGUGGAGGCUUCUACCCAGCGUGGGAGAAGGGGUCUCGGCCUCACACUGCAGGGUUUCCAGGGAGAACUGAACGUUGACUGGCGUGAUGAACCAGAGCCCAGUGCUGUAGAGAAAGUCGACUGGUUCCCAGAAUGCACCACAGAGAUCCCGGAUGCGGAUGAGCUCAGGGACUGGAUGACUUUGGGAGAAAGAAAACUCAAGAUUGAAGAUGAGAUAGAGUUUUGCUCAGAAGAUCUGCUGCACACUCUUCUAAGGUGUAAGACGGUGUUCGAUACAUUGGAGGGGGAGGAGAUGAGGAGAGCCCGGACACGCUCCAACCCUUACGAGACCAUUAGAGGAGGGAUCUUCCUCAACAGGGCAGCCAUGAAAAUGGCCAACAUCGACCACUGCUUCGACAACAUGUUCACCAACCCAAAGGACUCUCAUGGGAAACCUCUGACGAAGGACCGCGAGGGCGAGCUUCUGUACUUCGGUGACGUCUGCGCCGGGCCCGGAGGCUUUUCGGAGUACAUACUGUGGAAGAGACGCUGGCACGCCAAGGGCUUUGGCAUGACGCUGAAGGGACCCUGCGACUUCAAACUGGAAGAUUUCUACGCGGCGCCGAGCGAGCUGUUCGAGCCCUAUUAUGGUGAGGGAGGGGUGGACGGAGACGGUGACAUCACGCGACCUGAAAACGUGACCGCCUUCCGAAACUUUAUCAUGGAGAGCACAGAGAGGAGAGGGCUGCACUUCCUCAUGGCGGAUGGAGGUUUCUCUGUGGAAGGCCAAGAGAACAUCCAGGAGAUCCUGAGCAAACAGCUGCUGCUCUGCCAGUUCCUCACUGCCAUGUCUACACUCAGGACAGGUGGCCACUUUGUCUGUAAGACCUUUGACCUCUUCACUCCCUUCAGUGUGGGUUUGGUGUAUCUGCUCUACCUCUGCUUCGAUCGGGUCACGCUCUUCAAGCCCGUCACCAGCAGGCCGGCCAACUCUGAAAGGUACGUCGUGUGCCGUGGGCUGAAACCCGGCUCGGACGCCGUCAGGGAAUACAUGUUCAAAAUCAACCUGAAGCUGAACCAGCUCAGGGGCAAGGACACGGACGUUACGGACGUGGUUCCGCUGAGCAUCAUCAAGGAAGACCCCGACUUCUACCAGUUUAUGGUCAACUCCAAUGAGAGCCUCUGUGCGGUCCAGAUCAAGGCCUUGGCUAAGAUCCACGCUUACGUGGUCGACCCGACCCUUUCAGAGCCACGGCAAGCUGACAUCAGGAAGGAGUGUCUGAAGCUCUGGGGAGUGCCAGACAAGGCCAGAGUCACUCCUGCUUCAUCCGACCCAAAGAGCAAAUUCUACGAACUGAUCAAGAAUUCGGACGUGGAGUUGUUCCAGUCCAAGCUGACUCCGCUCGACUACACCACGCGGGAAAAGUUGCGUCCCAUCCUGGACUACAGGUGCAUCGUGGGAGGUGGAGAGCAGAUCUUUCUUCUGGCGCUGGGGAAGUCUCAGAUCUACACGUGGGAUGGGAAGAAUCCCGUCCGCUGGAGGAAAAUUGAGAAUUUCAAGCUGGAGCUACCAAGAGACACGCUUCUUAGCGUGGAGAUUGUCCAAGAGCUGAAGGGCGAGGGCAAAGCUCAGCGCAGAAUCAACGCAGUUCAUGUAAUGGAUGCACUAAUACUGAACGGCACUGAUGUCAGAGAUAAGCACUUCAACCAGCGGAUCCAGAUGGUGGAGAAGUUUGUGAAGGCAGUGGCCAAACCCAGCAGACCGGACAUGAACCCAAUCAGAGUGAAGGAGGUUUACAGGCUGGAGGAAAUGGAGAAAAUCUUUGUCAGACUAGAGAUGAAGGUAACUAAGAGCUCACAGGGCGUCCCCCGUCUGUCCUACACUGGUAGAGACGACCGCCACUUCCUCCCCACAGGCCUCUACAUCAUUAAGACCGUCAACGAUCCGUGGACGAUGGCGUACAGUAAAAACUCCAAGAUGAAGUUCUUUUAUAACAAGACAACCAAGGAGUCCACCUAUGACAUGCCAGCUAAUGCUGCUGCCCCCUUCCAUGUUUGCCACUCUGAGCGUCUUUUCUGGGCAUGGGUGGACGGGGUCAUAGUUCACGACUCUCAGACCCGGAUGGACCCUGAGAAACUGUCCAAAGACAACGUGCUGUCCUUCAUUCACCAGAAUUACCACCCCUGACUGAAUGAGCUUAAUUGGCCACGGCCUGUCCGCAGAGUGCACUAAUUUAUGGAGCAUACGAAACCUUGGGGAAUGGUACCGUGUAGUCCAUUAAUCCAUAUUUAAUCUGAUGAUGAAAGAAGAAUAUUUUUUUAUUUUCCAUUUCAAUCUCACCUAGUAAACCGCUUUUACGCUUAUCGAGGUCCUCCGUAGGUUGUGACUGCAGCUGAUAGCAUCUGGACUCCUUGUAAGCAGCAGACAUUUUUGCAAACCCGUCUGCCUCUCUGCCUUUUUUCCACUGCCCUUGCCUCUGUGACCUGUAGCGAAUAGGACUCAACUAAUUGGACAAUAUGGAGACAAAGAGGCGGUGCUGCUGCUGCCGUUGUCGUCGAUGUCUCUACAGCACAUUGAAAUGCAUGUUCCUGUAGUUCCGGUUUUUCCAGCUCCUCGUUUGUGCGACGCCCGUGUGUUUGUUUUCAUCACAUUAACGAUGAUAUAUGAUAGAGGGUUACAAAUCUUAAACUAUGCAUCCAUAUCCGUAAACACAGCCCUGCUUGUCCGCUGUGCAUCUUACUGUUCUCCAGGGUCUGUUCACUGCUCGGUGUCUCAUACAACGGACUCCAGCGGCAAACCGGCUCACCCCUCGCCAUCGUUUCAUCAUAUCAGUUGAAGAUGUAGCAGCUUCCUUCCAUCCAUGCGCCUGUCGCAGACUGUGUGUGCGAGUGCGUCUGUGCCCCGACUCAUCUUUUAUGCUCGUGCCUCAUGUCGCCUCGUUGUGUUUUUUUUUUUCCUAAAAUGCUGCAAAUCAGUUCAUUUCCUCUCCUGCAAUGUUCUUUCUCUCUGGCUCUCAAGCAGUUGAGUGUAAAUAAGGUAAAUAAAUGGGAGAUGGUGUUCCCACAACUGUC